CGUGUUUUGGUAAGCCAUUACUGAGCACUGAGUGGGCGUGCCGCUCGCUGUGAUCAGUAGGUCGCCGUGUUACAGAGUGUUUCCCGAAUCCCCCGGUCUGGCAAUGAAGGAGCCCUCCGCCUCUCCCGCUAACCCCACGGUCCCGGCGUUUCUCGUCAAGCUGUGGACGCUGGUGGAAGACCCAACCAAUGCCGACGUCAUCGCGUGGAACUGGAAUGGGCAGAACUUUUGCAUUUUGGAUGAACAGCGGUUUUCAAAAGAAAUCCUUCCCAAAUACUUUAAGCACAACAACUUGUCCAGUUUUAUACGGCAGCUUAAUAUGUAUGGCUUUAGGAAGGUCAUGAAUUUGGAAAGCGGACUUGUGAAUUCUGAUCGUGCAACAGCAAUAGAGUUCCAGCAUCCUUGUUUUAAGAAAGGAAGGGCGGAGUUGCUUGAAUUUAUCAAGCGUAAGAUCUCAUCUGUAAAAUCAGGAGACAUGCAUUUGUCACAGGAAGAGUUGCAAAAAGUUUUUUAUGAGUUGCAAGAACUAAAAGAAGCUCAGGGCGAUGUGGACACACAGCUGGAUAACAUGAGACGAGAAAAUGAAGCUUUAUGGAAGGAAGUAUCUUCCCUGAGAAGAAAGCACAGCCAGCAGCAAAAGCUGCUUGCAAAGAUACUUCAGUUCAUCAUUGGUCUAAUGAGAGGAAAUAUAGUAAUGGGAAAUAAUCGAAAAAGAACCUUAACAAUUGAAGCAUCACAACCACCCUCAAAGUACGCACGUCAUGUUUUACACCUUCCUGAGGACACUGGGAAGCAGAUGAACCGAUCUUCACAACAUCCUGGAAACUCUGCAGAUGAUGGUCUUGUUAUCCAUGAAGUCUUAAGUCCAGGAGAGGGAACAUCAAGUGAUCAGCCUACCAGUUCAGAACAAUUGCUACAGUGUGAAAUUCAGCAUGCAACACAAGCAAACACAGAAACACAUUUUGAUAAAGCUGAGACAAAUCUGUUAGAGGAGCCAGUCCUUAAUGCUCAAUUGUUAGAAGAAAAUCAGGCUGUUGUCCCCAGCAUCUAUACAAAUGAAGAUUGGUUGGCGUUGGACGUGUUUCAAGCAAACUCUUCUGAGGAUACAGACAGUGUCAUUAACUCCAUCAUCAACGAAAACAAUAGUGUGAGCAGUGCAGACAUGCUGGAUUGCGAGGAUAUUCAGGACUUCUUGAGUUGUAUUGAUGCCAGUCUGGAGGACCUGCAAAGCAUGCUCUCCAAGAAGAUCAAUGUGGAAGCAGAUAUUAUUGAAGGGCAAUUUAAACCUGACUUGUUAUCCUCAGAUAUUAAAGUAACUGAAACCAACGCCAGUUUAUCCAGAGAUUCAAUGGCCAAUGACAAGAGGGUUGUAGAGCCUGACCUUGAUGACCUACUCAAAAAAGACAAGCAGCUGAUGCACUACACAGGAAAUCCUUUGCUCUCUCUAUUUGAUGAGUUAGAGUCAAACAGCGGUUUUUCGUCAGCCCCAACUGCUCUGUUGACAGGAAAAGAUGAUAACCUUCUUACUGGCAGCUCCGAAGAACUAAGGAUCAAUUCUCUGACUGUGGACACAAGCAAGGAAGCAGACUUGCUAGUAGAGGAUACCAGUGGAGCACAUGAACUGAUGCCUAUUUUUGUCCUCAGCCCAGUUAACAAAUUAUUAGAUGAAGUCACAGAAUCUGAUACAAAUGUAUGAAUGAGGUAUUAUUUAACAUUUGUAAGUCUUGCCAGCAGGUAGUGCAGGAAAAAGAGCUUUCUACCAAGCAGUGCCUAUACAACUUCAAAUUCUGCUAGAUGAUUUUGCAAUAGUUCCACAGUAUUUUACCAACAUUUUAUUACCAUUUAUUUUUAUUACCACUCUAUUUUGUGUUCUUUCACGGCUGGAUUAUAAUACUUCUAAAGUUUUAAGCCAGACGAUGGGCACUUUGCUCGCUGGGCUCAAAAGAUGCACCUUGUAAAUUACUGACCUAUCUAAAGUUGAAACAACUUAAUGUGUUUGUGGUUUCUCUUGAGCAAAAGACUUGACUAUUAUUUUAUGUUUAUAGACUGCCUCCACCGAUGUGAUCAAUGUCAUGUGUAUUGACCUAAUUGAGCUUCAGGUUGAGGUGCUUCCAAGUGGACUCUACCUACAGCUAUGCUUUUAAAUAUUAAAUUCUAAUGGUGUGAUAGGUGCUUUUUUCUUAAAGUGUGUAAAACGAAUCCGCUGCAUACACAAAUGUGGAAUACCAAAAAGUGUGGUGCACUCCAUAUGAAAAUGUAUAUGUUAUCAAAUAUACUAUGCAAUUCUUACUGUAAUAGAAAAAAAACUUUAGGUAUUAAAAACACCUGCAACAAAAAAGUGUACACAAUAAUGCAGAAACACCAUUAAAUAGCCCCUUGUGUGGAAUACACAUUUAAGAAUAGCUAACUUACAUUUGAGAGAAAGUAGGGAGAAUCCGAUGGUGUAGAUUACCAACGCUUCAAGUAUACUAUUAACAAACUUAGUUUGUAUCCUGUUAAUGUUUACUUUGUUUAUAUGAAAUGGCUUGUGUUCAUUGAUUUGCUUGUGGCUCUGUCCUCCAUACCAUCCACAAAUGUAUGAGUAACUGGGUCAGCUUCAGGUUAAGUAUUAAACUCUGAGUUGGGAAAAUUUAGAAGAGACUGCAUAGUUUGUCUUUAUCCAAGAUGACUGCCAUAGUUGUUACGAUCUUAGAAUUCAGCAGGCCCAACUACUGAGUGUGGCAUACCACAAUCCUUUGUGGAUUUUUUUUUUAUUUUAGUUCUGUCAGCAUCUUAGAGGUACAAUUGAAAUAAUUAUCUGCAAUUUCCUAAAAACUUGGCAAGUAAAAUGUUCAGAUGAUAUUAUCGCCAUUUAUAUAGCGCCAACAGAUUCCGUAGCGCUUUAAAAUAUUAUGAGAGGGGGAAUUUAACUAUAAGACAAUUAUAAGAAAACUUACAGGAAUGAUAGGUUGAAGAGGGCCCUGCUCAAACAAGCUUACAGUCUAUAGGAUGUUCUCUAU